AUGGACGCUUCUCCUCACCAAAAGCCUGGGAGCUCGAGCACGCUCGUCUCCAUCACCAUCAGGAGCAGCUUUCUCCUCGGUUUUCUCGCUACCCUCCUCACACCGGUCAUCGCUGCCACCUCCUCCCUGCCGCCGCCGCCCUCCUACGUCUUCCUGUCCUCCCGUUAUAAUGAUUCGCUCGCCUACCUUCUGCUGUCGAACGAGACCCAGUCCAGUUUCGUCUCGGUGAAUCUAUCGACUACCGUCGACGCUUCGGAUUCCCAGUACUCCUCUGUCUUGCUGGAAGACCUGCCCUUCCAGUCCGGCAAUUAUAGCAAUCAUGCCUGGGUGCCCGUCGUCGACCACAAUGGGUCCAUCAAGGUGCAUGCGGGGAACUGCCAUGCCUCGCUGGACAAGAGCACCGUCUGGUAUUUUCAUCCAGAUGAUUCUAGCAGCAUCGGGAAUGGUACCUGGGACCGGCUGCCCGUCAACAAGGUGAGCAGCGCUGUCGAUGCCGCUGUCUUUGGCCCAAAUCAUCUCGCUGCGGGCUUUGCCUACGCCGCAACCAAUACCAUGCCCAGCACCAUCUACGCCUUUGGAGGCAUGUGUCCUUCUCUCAACAGCAGCAGCAGCAGCAGCAGUCAAGAUGUUAUCGCCACGGCCAACUAUUCGCAGUCGAUGCUCGUCCUGAGUCCCCAAGGUGGUUCAACAUCCUAUAGUCUGGCCACCACUGGUGAUCGUGCGCCGCCCAUUCCUGAAGCUGGUUUCACAGUGACACCGCUACAGCCAACCCACGCGACCACAACAAGUGGCAGUAUGUGGCAGUCGCAAAAUUUCCUUCUCAUCGGCGGGCAUACCAACAACGCCUUUAUCAACAUGUCCGAAUUCGCUCUGUUCUCCUUGCCCCAGCAGAGCUGGAGCUUCAUCACGGUCGACCCCCAGACCACUACUACCCGGAAGACUGAGCUCGCCGUCCGCGACGACAAUGUUGUCGCUACUGUCGAGCCCCGGUCGGGUCACACCGCUGUCCUGUCCUCCGACGGCAGCAAAGUGGUCAUCUUCGGCGGCUGGGUGGGUGACCAGACCGUACCUGCAGAGCCCCAGCUGGCGGUUCUGGAGUUGGGUGCACAGUAUGGUGGCUCCGGUGACUGGGCGUGGACCACCCCGUCAUCCUCCUCAUCUUCAGACCUUCUAGCCGCCGCCGGGAUCUAUGGUCAUGGAGCAGCCAUGUUGCCUGGCGGAGUGAUGAUGAUCGCGGGCGGGUACACGAUUCCCCGGUCUUCUUCCUCAUCAAAACGUUCCACUACUACUACUACUACUACUACUGCUAAUUCGCAGGUGCUGUUCUACAACCUGACGUCGGGAGAAUGGGCAGCCUCAUACACCAAUCCUAGUUAUCAGGCAAAGAAGACCACUGCUUCCUCCGCUUCGGGCUCAAGCCUGCUCCGAACCACAUCGCAGAAAGCCGGGCUCGGCGUUGGUGUCGGGUUGGGGGUGGCAGCCAUUGCAGCCGUGGUCAUCUGGCUCUGGCUGUUCGCCCGGAAACGCCGCAGCCGCCGCCAGCGCGACGACGAGCUCCGCAAGCUUGCCAUCGGCGCCCAGCGGGCCCAUUUCUGGAACGAGCCGCACUUGUCGAGCAGUUACCACGGACCCAUGCUGCACGGCGGACCGGGUCCGGACAACAGCUACCCGUGGUCUGGCAACAGCACCACGACGAAACAGGAAUAUCCCAGCUGGCGCGAGAGCGGCGAGACCGCCGUUGAAGCGACCAGUCUGCUGGUCGACAUGCCCAGCCCGACCAAGAGCAACCGAGCCAACACCCGGCACAGCAGCGUGAGCUCCCGCUCGUACCGGUACAGCGAAUACCGCAAGAGUGAUCUUACGGGAGAUAUUCAUCCUAUUGACGAACGGGAAGAAGAUGAAGCGAACCUGGCAGCCAUUGCUAUCCACAAGAAAGCCAACAACAAGAAUUACAUCAACAGCAGCAGCAAUCGUCAAGGCUACUCAAUGUGCGAGACUUCCGAUCCAUUCGACGACGCCGAUCAGGCCACAAUCGAGACCCCCAUUGUCGAGGCGGCCGCCAACGCCCAGGCCUGGCUGGAUCUAGCCGAACGUCUCUCCAUGUCGGCGAAGAGCAGCGACCGGACCAACUCAAACCUCUCGGACAAGUCUGCAACGUCGGUCUUCUCCGCCCGAUCGGAAACCAGCCUGCACAGUGCCCGGGACCGACCCCCGUCGUCCUCGCUGUACCUCAUCCCCAGCCGAGACUCGUUCCUGCGCAGCAUCGCUGGCAGCAGCAGCGCCACCGCCGACUCCUUCUCCACCGCGCUCACCUCGCUCUCAACCUCCCAGGCAGAAGGCGACCACCUACUCUCAGAAUCUCCAACGAAGCAAACCACCCCUGCCUCUGCUACGAGAGCAUCCGAAUGGAUCGGGAGCGUACGUCGCGCCCUCACCGCCGUGAAGCGUGUAAAUGUCAUCGACCGAAGCGCAACAACAACAGCAGCAACAGCAACGACGACGACCUUCGGAGUCGACCGGCGCAGCUCCUCUUCAAAACCGUACGGGGCAAUGGGCGUCGGCACCGGCGCAAGCACCGGCGCCAAUAACCCCAACUCAUCGAUCGUUCCGCGCCGAGCAGUCAGCGCCUCGGCCGAACUGUUCCGCCGCAAACAAGGCGCCAGAGAUUGGGGUGCCGAUCCUGACAAAACUGCGGAUCUCCCCUCGUCGCCGUCUCUACGCGGGCCGAUGUCCACGCGCGACGACUUUGCUUUGUUGGAUAGUACCCUCGCCGUCUCCUCCACCACCACCACCACCACCACCACCACCACCACUCCUCCUCAUCAGGUCGAGCUUGAUGCCGAUGGUGAUUGGGACGUCGAGGCUGCUGCAGAGGGGAGACGCGUACAGGUCACCUUCACCGUGCCGCGGGAGAAACUGCGCGUCGUAAAUGCCACGGCGGGCGAUUUGGAUAACCUGUCCGACCUGUCGAUUAGUCGGAAUACCAGUGUAGGAUAA